AAAACAGAAACUAAAAAACGUCCUUCUCCUCCUCAUCACGAGAUCUCCGCCGCUUCCGUUGGGAAAUGAGAAAUGUUCCACUCUCGCCACCCGACCAGCAUAAUAUUAGACAUUAGUAAUAAUCAUAAUAGUUGUUGUUACGUAAAUUUUGAAUACACUGCCGCCGUCGCCGCCAUACGGCCGAAAUAUUAUAGUGUACAGUUAUAUAAUCGGAGGCAUGGUCUUUUCGUUUUUCUGCCAGAAAAAUCGUAUUGAUGUGAACAAAAAGUUUCGAUUCUACUUCGAUUACGAAAUGGAGAUUUUCGACGUCAGAGAGCAGAACAAAGUCCAGGAUUCAGUUUCGAUGGUUGAGGACCAAGACCAAAUGGAGGAUCACGAUGAACCGCUUAGUAAAUUCAAGGUCGAAACAAAUAACCGGUUUUGGAGUGUUGGCUCUAAACUAGUGGUCUGUCGAAAGUUCAUCAACAAUAAGUUGGCAAAGUCUGAAGACGUCAACAGGAUCGCUUUCUAUAACAAACUCAAGUGCUUAGCUAAUAAUGAAAAAGUGACUAGUUCAUAUGAACUCAACAGACAAUUAAGUCAAGAGGAGGUAUUAUGGCAAAGUGAACUCAAAGACUUAAUAUGGUUAGAAUUGCGUGCCAGGCUAACUGACCGGACUAUAACGAGUCAAGACAAGUAUCUGUGCGAAGAGAGAAAAAAUAUCUGCUAUCUCCUUGAUGAAAUUAUAAACUUCAGUUUUAGAUUUGAUCAAUUACAUUCAAAAACAUCCCCAACUUGUGAAGAAUCGAAUAAUUGUUCAGAUGAAGAUGUUGGUCAAUGUUCAAGUCGCAGUGGAUGUCUUGGACUAUUUUGUUCUCGAUGUAUUGAACAACAAAAUCUAGCUCUCUGCCAAGUACAAAAACUUAUGGAACGAUUAGAGUAUGCUGAAUCUUUAUUUCCAUCUAGCCGAGCAUUUGCAGUACAAUAUCCUUUAUUUAAAAGUUCAGAAUUCACUAAUAGAGUUAAGGCAAUGUGUGUGUGGUACAAUAUGACAAAGAGACAGCGAUUGAUGUUGUUAAUUUUAGGCAGACAUUUAAUGAAAGAAGAAGAAGUGGAGUUGGAGCCAUUAAAUCAUUUGAUGGCAACUAGUAGUUGCAGUUCAGGUUCCCCCAGUGUAUCCAAUGAUAGUGGCAAAGGUUCAUUAACACCUUCUCCUAGAACUAGUAUUGAAAAUUUUGAAUUCAAAUUCAAAAGAUCUACUGUGAAUUAUCGUGAACCAAUAUCAUAUAAAGAUCUCGAUUUAUAUAACACCCAGCCUAUAGCUCAUCUUAGACAACAUUUUUUCCCUUACACAAUAGGAAUAAAUUCAUCUUGCUAUGCUUCUCAAACUUAUAGGCAAUUUAUUGCUGGUGUAUUAAAGACUAAGGGUUUAAGAAAAGCAUUAAAAUUUCUUGAUGAAUUAUACAAAAAUGUUCUGCGUAAAGCACAUUUAACUCUUAAAGAAGAAUCAACAGUGGAAGACGAUUCUAAACAUGAUGUACCUCAUGAUGAAGAAUUAUUGCGUUAUAGUUAUUGGAGUCAAGAAUCAAAGGAAUUGAACUUACCUUCGUAUAGAGCUACAUUUAUUUUUUUAUCUCGUAUUCCAUUGGAUCUUAUACAUGCUUAUCUUCGUAUGAGACUUGAUACUAGACCAGAAAAACCUUCAAUAAUGAGCAUCAGACAAUUGACUUGCGAGCUAAAGGAAGGUUUAAUGUUGGCUGUAGUACACAGGAGACGUUUUGUUCGUCAUAUACAAUCAACAUUAUGGUCUGAUACAGAAAUUGGUAUGAAAAUAUUCAAAGAACGUAUAAGCCAUUUUGACGAGUGUACCAAAAUUGUUUUGGAAGUUUAUUUGGGGUAUAUGGAACAAUGGGUAGUGAUGAUGGGAUAUUGUAAAGCUCAAAAAAAUAUGCUGGAAGAAGAAUGGAAUGACAUGAAAGUUAUAAUUCCUCAUAUUCCAGAUGGUAUGACAACGGUCACAAAAACAUUUUGCGAAAUUGCCAAACACAUGUUGGAAACAAUAUUAAAACAUUUCAAGGACCAAACUCAUAAUCAAAUAAAAAUGAUAGUACAAAAUGUUGAUCAUUCUCAAACCAAGCAAAACUUACUAGCCAUAUGCAGAGAAUUACAAAAUUUAUUAAGCUUAUUCAGAGAAAAAUCUUUUCUUGUGAUGUCAUUAGUUAAAAAUUUAUGCAAAGAUAUGAUCGAACAGUAUAAAAAAGAUAAAAUGAAUAAUGUGAAGUUUGAUGGUCCUUUAUCUCCAAUUUUGACUACAAUGAUACCUUUAAAAGAAAAAUUGUUGGAAGUUUGUCGGUGUAUUAUAGAAAUAAUUACAUCAUUAGAGGAAGCAGCUGAUACUUGUAACAGUGAUAUUGACGAUAUAACAUUAGCCCCUCGUAUUCGAGAAGUCUUGCACCAGAUGUAUAAAUUUGGAUUUGAGUAUCAUAAAGAAGCUAACAAAAUUAUGUGUGGUCCGUAUAAAGACCAAGCCACUCUCUACAACGUAUCUAUUUCAAAACGUUGGAUAAAUUUUGUACACAAACGAUGUGAACCCGGUCGAGGUUUAAAGCCCAAAUGGGCAAAUAAUGGAGUAGAUUUUUUACUCAGCGUAUGUGAACCUCAGAACGUUGCUGGACUUAGUGAUGUGGAUUUUAAGAAUUUUAAGAUUUUGAUAGAAAAUUGUGUAGUAUAUAUUAUUGGAAAAUUGGACGAUGGUGGUUCGUUUUCAAACCCUAGUGUUAUACAAAAAAAGCGUCAUUCUUCCGCAAUUGAGGGGAGGAAUAAAAUGUUGAAGACUGAAAAAACUUUUAAAAGUGAUAUUGAGAGAAAUGUACGGGUCAUGGAUGCUGUUAAUAAACUAGAUCAUCAAUUAGAAGAGAAAUUGCGAUCACAAGAGUUAAUUGGGCACAUUCGACAUGAUUAUAAUAUCGAACGUAUUGAGUAUGUUCGUCCUCGUCCUGUACAUUUUAGUUGGCAACGGGGCAUAAAAAUCGGACAAGGCCGUUUUGGUAAGGUAUACACUGCCGUUAAUAAUGAAACUGGAGAAUUGAUGGCUAUGAAAGAAAUACAAUUGCAACCAUUUGAUCACAAUGCAAUCAGAAAUGUAGCUGUUGAGUUAAGGAUAUUUGAAGGCAUCACUCAUGAACAUCUUGUUAGAUAUUAUGGCGUUGAAAUUCAUAGGGAAGAGAUGCUCAUAUUUAUGGAAUUGUGUGCUGAAGGGACAUUGGAAAAUUUAGUCGCAGCCACAGAAAGUGGACUACCAGAAGCUCUUUUACGUAGGUUUACUAAACAGUUGGUUAGUGGAGUGGACAUUUUACACCAGCAUGCCAUCGUUCAUAGAGAUAUUAAAAGUGCAAACAUUUUUUUGACUGACGAAGGCAACUGUUUGAAACUGGGUGAUUUUGGUUCUGCAGUAAAAAUGAAAGCGCAUACCACAGUUCCAGGAGAACUUAAAGGGUUUGUUGGAACACAAGCGUACAUGGCACCAGAAGUUUUUAUGAAAUCCAACACGGAAGGACAUGGUAGAGCCGUAGACAUUUGGUCAAUAGGAUGUGUGAUAAUUGAAAUGGCUUCAGGCAAAAGACCGUGGCACGAGUAUGAUUCUAACUACCAAAUCAUGUUUAAAGUGGGCAUGGGAGUCUUGCCAACUGUACCGGACACACUGUGCGAUGAGGGCCAACAGUUUGUCGACAGUUGUCUACAACAUGAUCCGUACUCUAGAGCAACUAUUUCGAAACUGCAAGAACAUAACUUUAUCAAAGUUAUGCCCGAGGAGUGUGUUUCCUGUCGAAUAUCUUCAACUGCAAUGCUGGAGGAAUACAUAAAAUUGGGUUUUAAACGAUAGCAUCCAGUAUUUUUUAUAUUAUUUUAAUCCUAUACUGUAUACUUGAACAUUAUAUUCAUGUAACAUUUUAAUUAUUUACUCAUAUACACUUCGAGAUGUUUUAUUUUCUAUUAUAAAAUUUUUUUGCUAGUUCCACUAAAUCUAGACCAUCAAAUAUAUUGAUCUCACAAAAACGUGGUAAUAUUUUUUGUUAGGUCAAUGUAUAGUGAUGAUAGAUAACUGUAAAUAUUAUUUUUUAGUCUUUAAAGUACAACGCGCAAUAAUUAAAAUUAUAUUAUGUGUUAGCUAGUAAUUAAAUUUUAUCAUAUUAGGAAUUAAAAAAAUUUAUAUUUAAGUCGUUGGAUGACAUCAUUAUUGGACUAAAAAUUAUAAUAGAUUUUUUGGUUAUAUAAUUGAAAAAAAAUAAAGGUGUUGCUGAUUAAUUAUUAAAGAACAAAAUAAAUUUUACUACUAUGUAUCGUUAAUUUUACUACCUUGUCUGUAAAUUAUUUGUGAAUGUUAUUGUGGUUUUGUAUUUAAUAGAUAGAUUUGUAUCCAAUAAGUAACUUUUAUGUUAAAAUGUGUCUUAGUCUAUUUAUUAACUUGAAUUAUUGAUCACAUCACAACUAGUUCAAUAUUCAAAUUAUGCGGCCACUUGUUAGGAUUAUUAAUAUUGUUUUAGUGAAUAUGAAAUACCUCAUACCCAUUUUGUUCUAUGAUAUUUAUGCCAAUCAUCAUUUAUUAUUAUUAUUAUUAUUAUUUUUUUACGUUAUGUAUGUAUCAAGUAGUUGUUAAAUUGUUUAAAUUAUAUUCUUAUACAUGCCGUCCUUUAAAAAAUAUAUAAUUAUGUUAAAAAUGGUAAAUAUAUAAUAUAUUAUUCAUAUAAUGAAAAUGUUAUUUUAUUAUAAAUUUAUAAAUGUACAAUAAAUUAUAGUAUUGUUAAGAA